CUUCCUUCCUUGGCCCCGGCCGGGACGCGCGCUUCUUCCUUCCUUCUUGGCCCCGGACGGGACCCGCACUCCUUCCUUCCUUCCUCCCUUGGCCCCGGCCGGGACCCGCGCUCCUUCCUUCCUCCCUUCCUUCGCCCCGGCCGGCACCCGCGCUCCCUCCGUCCUUCCUUCCUUCCUUAGCCCCGGCCGGCACCCACGGUCCCUCCUUCCUUCGCCCCGACUGGGACCCGCGCCGGCUGCAGGGCUGGAGUUAAAAAACAUCAUCAUCUCGAGCUGUUUCCGUAGUCGGGGAAAAGCGAGACAACCCAGAAGUUCCGAAAACCGGGUGCUGCCUGCCGAGCACAGAGGGAUUUGGGCAGCAUGAGGCAGUGUAAGAUCUCUGAAAAGUCAAUUGGAAUGCUUCAGGGUGAAGCAGUUGUCUGAUUCCAUCGUGGUUCGUUGCAGAAGAGGGGGUUUGGUACCCACGGUCCUUCUGCUCCACCACGGACACCAUCUCUGGUAGCCAGCACCACUAUUGGUAGCAUCCCUACUACCAGUGUCACUAAUAGCACUACUACCCAGUGGAGAGAUUCUUCCUGUGGAGUGAAAUGGCCUUUGGGGAGAGAGACAGGUUUAUUGUAAUUAUCAUCAAAUCAAAAUGAGUUUAUUAGAGCCCUUAAUGUUAGUUGGCACAGGGUUGAACGAUUUUAAUUGGCACGAUUUUAAGAUCAUCUUUGAAGGCCCCUUUCAAUCCAAGCCAACCAAUGAUUUUACAGCUUCUGGAUUUUUAUUAAACAUACUUUUAACACCUGACUAACACAUCCCACUGAAUUUCAGCUACACAGAAAAUGCUUCUUGUUUUUGAUCUUGAAGGAUUGUUUUUACCCUGGGUUCUUUCUCACAGUGGCUCUGGAGUGAGUGAUGAGCAUCCUUUGCUUGGAUGAGUCGUGGCACGGGCAGCCCAGGAAAACACAGCUGGCAUGCACCAGUGGCUCCACUGGGUGGCCAGGAAGGCACUGAGAUGUGGAUCCCGGGCUGAGCACUUCCCUUGGGGAUGGAAAGUCCCCAGACUCUAGUUUUUGGCAACAUUUGUCAGCAGCCUCCAUCUCUGUUCUGCUUUAGAAAUCAGCCUGGAAGCCCAAAUGCAGCCAGGGGUCCCGAUUUGCCCUGACUGCUGUCAAUAUCGAUGAGUGAAAGAGCCCAGGAUUUGUCCCAGUAAGGCAGAGGAGUGCAGCAGGAUGGUCACAUCCCUUAGAUCUGAUCCUUCAUUUCCUCAGCAUCACAGCCACCCCACACUGGUGAUAGGGAGUGGGGAGAAGCACUGCCAAAGGAGAGCUCCCACAGGUGCCAGCACAAAGGCAGGGGCAAGGCAGAGGAGGCUGCUGCCAUGCUGCAGGGUUUCCAGUGUUCCUGUUCCCAUCCCCUUGUGCUGCCUGCAGAAGGGAGGGGCAGAGGAGGGAAAGGGGGAUUUUUUCUUGUUUCACCAUAGGAAGGAUUUUCAAACCCUAUAAAUUCACUUUUGACAAGUGAACAACUAAAGCAGAUUAACCUUUUUGCUAAUCCUCUAUAAUAGCUUUGGAAUCUCCUUAACCAAUAAGAAAAUUAUAAGAACCUGUUUCUUUUCAUUUUAUCUAUAUCUAUAUUGUCCUCUCUUGUCUGCUUUUUUUUUCUUUCUUGUUUUAUUUUCCUUUCCUUUUCUAAUAUGAAAUAGCCCAGCGAUCCUAUCUCCCCGAGGCUCAGUAAACAGUACAUCAGAAAUCCCUUUCCUUUAUUCCUCUCUGGUAACAGGGUGCAGAGAAGUGUCUGCCGAUUGGGAUUUGAUUACCAGCAGCUAUCAAAAGUCUCUUUGUACAAUCUGGGUCCUAAAUCCCAUAAUUCUUUGAUAAAAGAAGCAUUACCAGUCCAUUUUUCUGUAGUGAAAGGUAUGGGAGGAAUGAAAGAAAGCAAUCAGCAGAGAUCCUAAUAGGCUAAGUGCAUGUGUGGUGGGAAGGCAGGGCUGGGACAGGAUGCCCAGGGAAAGGCAUCCUUUGUUAAGGAUGGGGAAGGAGAAUUAAUAAUCCUCUUCAGGCAUCUGAACAGAGCUGGCCAGAUCCUGCACCUGCCCGUGGCACGUCCCAGCUCACUGGUCCUAUGGCCCCUCUGGACCAGCACAGAGUGAGAAGCAGAACCUGGCCCCACAUCCACCCCCUUGUGUCAGUGUUUGGGUACAUACAUAAAAGCUGGGAGCAAUUUCAGUGAUCUCUGGAAUUAGGGCAUCCCCAGGGCCUCUCUGGAGCACCAACACCUUGGCAGGGCAGACUGAGCAGCUACAAAGGUGUCUUCCUCCCAAAAGGUAAAGAUUUGCAGAGCUCAGUUAUAAUCCAAGUUACACCACUGGAACAGCUGAAGGAGAGGCAAAGAAAGAGAUGGAAGGAAAAGCAGCAGUUUGAUUUGAAGUGAGUCACAAGUAGAACAGCUACGGGGCAUCUCUUCCCAGCACUGAAGGACCUGCAAGCGAGGGAGGGCAGGCAGUGAGCAGGGAUGAGGGGAGAAGAGGGGAGCCAAGAGAGGCUCUCCUGGAGACUGGCUGUAAGGUUUGUAGGAGGAUGCUGGAGGCGCUGCCGGGCUGUCCAGCACGAGGAUCUUUGGUGUGCAGGGCUUUCACAGCACCCACCUGUGUGUCUCCUUGGUGUGUACCAUGAGUGGGACUGCAAGGAAGCACCAGGUGUGAGUGCUCCUCUCGGGAGCUCCUGAGGCCUCACCUUGGCUUAAACUGCACCGGGGGCAAGGGAACUUGGGUUUAAACUUUGCUAAGCAACCUGAUCUCAAGCACACCUUCUCUAUUCUAUCCUCAGCUACUCAGUCAGUUCAAAACACAGGAUCCAAGAUGUUCUCUCUCCUCCUGUGGAUCGCAGCUGCCAGGCCUUGCUGUUUGCCCUUGGGAGGGGCAGAGCCAGGCUUCCCUUCCUGUCUUGGCCAUGGUCUCUCCCCAGUUUCUUUGCUUGGCAGGAGCUGGGGAUUGAACUGCCUUUGGGAAAGUUGGCUGUGGGACACACUCCGACCUGAAUGGCUGUGGGACCUCACUGAGAGCACACAGAGGCACCAGCAGCAACAAUCCUCCCCUUCCCUUCUUCUCACAGAGCACGGCUCAGCUCCAUGGGAGGCUGAGCUACAUGCCACUAAGCUGCAGUGCAGAGCUGCUGCAAGCAGCUCGUAAUCUAAUUUAUUAAGGGCUUUGAAUCCUUGCAAAGAGUAUGUUGGAUACAUGCAAAGCAUCUGCAUUAUUACAGUGAUUAGGGCAACAGAGAUGGAGGAAAGGGGAAGGAGGGAAAAUACAAUUUCUCUGCUUUCAGCAGAAAAUAAAUCAACUUUCACAGAGAAUUCUGGCAAAGCCAAAGGCUGUGCUGUCAUUAAAAAUGAUUUUUUUUAUUAAGCUGAACUCUCUCUUCUCUCAUAUUGUAUGAUAUGACAGCUCUCUUUUGAUGGGAAAGCUUUCAUUUGGCCAGAGAAAGGGAUAAUUUGCUUCUUUUAAGGAGUUAAUCCUCUGGUCCAUUUCCGGGCUGGGAACAGCUAUCCUCCCCCUUCUCUGGAUAGGAGGCUGCAGCACAAUGGAGAUCAUAACCACCUCAAAUCUACACCCGAGAUGGAGAAAUCAGAUUUCCUUCUCCAGUCAUUUUUGUGGGAUUAGCUAAAUCUUAGAUCCACACUAACCCUUCACAAAGCUGCCAAGAUUAGUUAGAAUUUAUUUUAUUUGCAGGGGGGUUUACGGUUUUCUUUCCAAAGGGAUUAUAUCUCUCUCCCUCUAUAUAUAUAUGUAUUUAGAGUGGCUUCAGUCAUAACACAGCUAGGUCAGAGGGAGGAAAAGAGUGUGUGUGUAUAAAAUAAAAACUCAGCUGCAAGAAUGACAGUCACUUGAAACACCAAGACAAAGCCAUGGUUCUGGAUGGCUUUGCCAGUCCAUUUUAAAAACCGCAUGAGCUGUCCUUUCCCUAGCAAAACCCUACUAGGGAGCCAGAGAAGGGAAAGCAAAGCCCCCCAGCUGGGCUGCCUGUGUCCCCAGCUGCUGCUGCUGCUGGCACAGGAUGUCUGCAGAGCCGGCGCCGGGCGCCGAGGCCAGCAGGAGAGGCCUGAAGAAGCCACGUUCGUUCAGCAUCGAGGACAUCCUCUCCAGCCCCGCGCAGAAGAGCCCCCAGGUCUUGGUGCCACUGUGCCUACGGAGCAUCUUGGACUGCACACCCCAGAGGCUCUGUGAGCUGGAGACCAUCCCAGCCAGCUCCCUGCAGGAGGAGGAAGAGGAGGAAGAGCUGGAAGGAGCAGGCUGCAGCUGCUGCUGCUGUUCUCACUCAAGUGCCCGUUCUCUGCAGGACCUGCCGGCUUGGCUGGAUGCCCGGCUCCCCUGGCCCAUGCGGCUCCUCCGGCCAGCGCUCAGGGUCUGUAGGAGCUCCCAGGAGAAGCCCAGCGAGCUGCAGAGCCUGCAGCAGAUGCAGCGCCGCACGCGCCGGCACCGCACCAUCUUCACCGAGGAGCAGCUGCAGGCGCUGGAGACACUGUUCCACCAGAACCAGUACCCGGACGUGGUCACCCGCGAGCACCUGGCAAACCGCAUCCACCUGAAGGAGGAGCGGGUGGAGGUUUGGUUUAAAAAUCGUCGGGCGAAGUGGCGGCAUCAGAAGAGGGCGACUGCCUCAGCACUGACCCCCCAGGCCAAGCAGCCCCCCGAGGAGAGCUGUUAGUGCCCACAGGCUGCAGAGAGCACCAAGCACCCCCUGCCCGUCGCUGACCGGCUCGGGGGGAACCCGAGGGGGCUAAUGCAGCAAAAGGGAACCUCUGUGGUUCACACAGCAGCGGGACAGGUACAAGCAGACAUGGCAGCGUCACAUGCCUCUUCCAAACCUAGUUCCCAUGGCAAAUGACUGCGCAGGCAGGAUGCGCAGGGGACAGAGCUGUACCGCUGUUGUGUGUGCUUUAAGAGAAGGAGAAACUCCCCUUCUUGUCUUUGCUCUGUGCACGUUGCAUUUGUGCUUGUUUUAUUGAUGUAGAUUUGCAAAAUAUCCCGCAAAUGAAUGUUUCCUGUUUGCAGCACCUCAGUGGCAUCUAGAGUUGCUUUAGGGGUGGAACUUGCCGGACAAGCGAUUUGUUUCAUAACAAAGAAACGCGGGUUUCUCCCCACAGCCCUGGGGAGAGAUGAUGAACGUGCUGUGGUGAGGGGGCUGGCCCAGGCAGCGCUCGCCUUCACCCCUGCUGCCGGCCAGUGGCUGGCACAGGAGCCGCGUCCGAGUUCCCGGGGGGGCCGAGGAGAAACCCCGCCCGGGCAGCCAGCCGGGGUCCCGCUCCCGCAGCCCGG